ACUUCCCUCCUCUUCUUCUUCUUCUUCUUCUUCUUCUUCUUCUCUCCCAAAGUGUUUGCCAAAAUUCCAUCUAGGGUUAGGGUUUCACACACAGAGAGAGAGAGAGAGAGAGAUGGGAGUGUUCACAUUUGUGUGCAGGAGCUCCGGCGACGAGUGGAGCGCGAAGCAGCUCUCAGGCGACCUUGAGGCCUCGGCCGGGUCCACAUACGAGUUGCAGAGGAAACUUGUUCAGGCCUCUCUCUCCUCCGAUUCCUCCGGCGGUGUUCAGUCUUCUUUCUCUCUCUCCAUACAUAUACACCCAAAUCGAAGAUGUAUAUGGCAUAUGGAUGGCCAGAGGUCAUCCCUCUCAAAUCUGGUCCCUGUCCUUCUUCCGAGCGGAUCAUCUAUCUCAGACUCACUGCCCCUUCAAGAAUCACUGCUGCUAAAGCACUUGCCCCACAUGGGCAUGUCCCUCUAAAACCAAAUAUAUUUGUCCACCCACACACAUCAU